CUGACGAGAUGAAUCAAAAUUUAUAUAAUAUGUUUGAAGUACCUGAAGCAGGAACAAGUUUUUUGUCAGAGUUAUCAGUAGAUGAUACAUACUUUCAAAGAAUAGAACAAGAUCUCAAAGAAGCAUUACAACCUGAUGAAAGACAAAAUACUAUUAUAUUAGAAGAAAUAACAACAAUUCCAGAGUUAGCAAAAGCUAUAGAUAAUUAUCUAGAUAAUCCUAGAACAGACAGAAGGAUUUUAAUCAACCAAAUAAAAAGAGCCACACAGCAAAUUCAGCGAGAUUUGCGACAAACUGAUUUAGAUAAUGUCUUAAAUGAUCUUAACUUGAGAACUAUAGCAUAUAAUAAUAAAAGAACUACAUGUAAAGAAGAUUUGCACAAAUUUCUUAUACAAUUUAGAGCUGAAAUAGAAGGAAGAGAAAUAGAUAUUGCAGAUGCAGCAGGUGACCCUCCAACUAGAAAGGAUCAUGCAAAAGGAUUAUUACGUGGAUGUAUGAGAGGAACAAUAUUAGAAUGGUUUGAUAAAAAUAUUACUACUAAGCAAAAUUUCGAAUUAUAUAACUUACUUGAUAAUAUAGCACAAAGUACAAUACAAUUAGUAGCUAGAUACACUGCGGUACAAUUGGAUACACAAGCACUUUAUGAAGCAAAUGGUUGUGCAGUUGAAUGUGAUUACCAAAAAUUUGAAAAACAUGGUUUCAUUUGUCAAGAUGCUGUAGAUUUUUAUUUACCUUUGUUUAAUAAGUCUAGAGUAUAG